CCUUUGCUUCUCAAGAUGGCAGUUCCUGGAUUUACCUUUGGUACCUUCAUACUUGUGUUGCACAUUAGUUCUGUGGCUAAUUAUCCCAAUGGAAAAGUAGGAAAGUCAUGCCAUGGAAUGGUUCCUGAACACGGUCAUACUGCACGCUCUGAUCCUGUUCACAACAUUUCAGUGAGUCAGAUGACAUUCAGACCAGGAGACCAGAUUGAAGUUACUUUGUCGGGGCUACCAUUUAAAGGCUUUCUCUUAGAAGCAUGUAAUGCUGAGGAUGUGAGUGGCCCUCCUGUUGGCUCCUUCACAUUGAUUGACAGUCAAAUGUCACAGCUUCUGACCUGUGAAGAUAUACAGGGAUAUGCUGUGAGUCACACAAAUCCAUCCAAGAAAACAAAAAUUAAAGUCUACUGGAAUGCUCCAAGCAAUGCUCCGAAUCACAUAAAGUUUCUAGUCACAGUUGUGGAGAAAUAUAAAAACUACUGGGUGAAGAUUCCUGGCCCGAUAGUUUCACAACCCAGUGCACCACCUUUUACAACACCUGAAGCUACAGUAGCACCUUUGUCAACGUUACCUCCCAUCUCCCAUUUAACCAGAUCGUUCAGUGCUUCAGAUUGUGGGAACAAGAAGUUCUGUAUUCGGAAUCCUUUGAACUGUGACCCAGAGAAGGAACGUGCCUGUUUCUUCUUGUCCUUCACACGAGAUGACCAAUCAGUGGUGGUUGAAAUGAGUGGUCCCAGUAAAGGCUAUUUAUCCUUUGCGUUUUCUCAUGACAGAUGGAUGGGUGAUGAUGAUGCUUAUGUGUGUAUUCAUGAAGAUCAGACUGUGCAUAUACAACCUUCCCAUCUGACGGGGCGACAUCACCCUGUGAUGGACUCCAGGGGUGCUCUUGAGAAUAUGGCUUGGAGGCUGGUGGAUGGUGUUAUGCAGUGUUCUUUCAGAAGAAACAUUACCCUUCCUGGGGUUAAGAAUAGAUUUGAUCUAAACACAAGCUACUACAUAUUUUUAGCAGAUGGUGCAGCUGACAAUGGUCGAAUUUAUAAGCAUUCUCAGCAACCUUUGAUUACAUAUGAGAAACAUAAUGUGAUAGACCAUCCAAAGAAUGUGGGAGGCUCCCGUUCUUUAUUCCUUCUGAAGGCUCAUGGUGCUUUAAUGUUUGUAGCAUGGAUGACUACCGUUAGCAUAGGUGUGCUCAUGGCUCGGUUCUUCAAACCUGUUUGGUCAAAGCCUUUCUUUGGUCAAGCAGGUUGGUUUCAGGUACAUCGGAUGCUCAUGCUCACUACUACUGCCCUCACCUGCAUUGCUUUUGUUCUGCCUUUUAUUUACAGAAGAGGCUGGAGUUCAUACGCAGGUUAUCACCCACACCUUGGUUGUAUAGUGAUGGUUUUAGCAGUUCUUCAGCUUCUUCUGGCAGCCUUCAGGCCACCUUUAUAUGACCCAAGAAGGCAAAUGUUUAACUGGACUCAUUGGAGUAUGGGAACAGCUGCUAGAAUAAUAGCAGUGGCAGAAAUGUUCCUGGGAAUGGAUUUACCAGGACUGAACCUUCCUAGCCCAUGGAAAACCUAUGCAAUGAUUGGAUUUGUAGCCUGGCACGUUGGGACUGAGAUUGUUCUGGAGAUACAUGCUUACCGACUUUCUCGAAAAGUUGAAAUAUUGGAUGAUGCUAGAAUUCAGAUCCUUCAGUCAUUUACUGCAGCUGAAGCAGAAGGGCAUGCUUUCAAAAAGGUGGUGUUAGCAGUUUACAUCUGUGGGAAUGUGACUUUUCUCAUCAUAUUCUUAUCUGCAAUCAAUCAUCUAUGAGCAAACAAAGACCUUGGCUUUGCCGACCAGAUGAUAAUUAUCAUUAAGCCAAAGAAACUUGAAGCCGUACUGAUGGCCUGGAGCAUAUUCCUGAAUUCUCAUUUGGAAGACCAGGCCAUGUCUGUGGAGAAAUUCCAAAGUAUGGUCCUUAGGGAUCAGCUUUCAGCAGAGUCCUAUGGACUCUAAAAAGGAUAUCAAGCCUUUGUGUGUGAUUCUGAGUGUUAACCAAGGAAGGUUGUGCUUGAGGAGAAGUGGUUCUCAAAUAUUUUCUAUGAUGUUAGCAUUUAGGAAAAGAACUGUCUGGAAAGGCAGAAAUGGUGUCAUUUGGAUGAAAAUAAAUAUAUUUUGGACUAUAAAGGUGCUGUGGUACUUUAAAGAAAACAUCUAUACUAGUUUAUCAGAAUGGUCUUUCUUAGGACUUUUUGUGAAACUAUGUUUUUCAUUCCAGUUUUUUGGACAUGUCCUUUUUUCUAUGCAUUCUGUUACUUCUCUGGUAAAGGUGGAGGUGGGGCUAGCAUUGUAUUAACAUUUAAUUAUAUUGUGAAUAUUAUAAUUUCUUUCUUAGCAACAAAAUGCAAAUGUGCAUCUUCUGCUUAAGACUGUAGUUAUAGGAGUUCCUGGGUGGCUCAUUCGGUUAAGCAUCCAACUUGAUUUUAGCUCGAGUCGUGAUCUCACAAUUCGUGA